UUUAAAAAUCCGCAAAAUGCAAAAAAGAGGCCUGUUUAUAGUCCUAGAAGGUCUAGAUAGAUCUGGAAAGUCCUCACAGUGUAAAAAUAUCCUAAACUUCUUCGCACAAAAGGAGAUGGCUGCAGAAUUAAUCAAUUUCCCAAAUAGAGAAACUCAGACUGGGAAAAUGAUUGACGGAUACCUAAAGAACAGUGAUACCAAGCUCGGUGAUGAGGUCGUACAUCUUCUUUACUCCACUAAUAGGUGGGAGAUGAAGGAAUAUAUCCUCGAGACUAUCAACUCAGGCACACAUAUUGUCUGUGAUAGGUAUGCGUACUCUGGAGUUGCCUAUACACAUGCAAAGGGGCUUGAUUUUGACUGGUGAGUUGCCCCUGAUAAAGGCCUCCCUCACCCUGAUCUCGUCCUUUUUGUUAAUACCACAGCUGAAGAGAUUUCAAAGAGAGCUGGUUUUGGAGAUGAGAGAUAUGAAAAAACCGAAUUUCAAGAGAAAGUAUACUCUGCUUUUAUAAAAAUGAAAGAUGUUGAACCCCACUGGCAUGAUAUCGAAGGAGGAAGUGCUACUAUUGAAGAGAUUGAAUCAAGAAUCACCGAGAAAAUAUCAGAAACUCUUGAAUCAUACUCUUCUGGAGAGGAUUUGCCAACUAACUUAUUCCAGUAAAGGUAUAUCUUCAACCACA